GACUUCGCUUUCUCUCGUCGUACUUUGUAGUGUGUUUUGCACUCACUUAUUCUGGCUCAAUACUCAGUUUCAGCACACGAAAUGUACCAAGGCCGCCGUAAUGUUAAGACUCCCAUGUACCUCCUGAACAGGUUUUAUGGGUUUUCGUUCAUGUUCGGCUGCCACCUGGCGUGUCUCCAAAGCGUCUCCAAGUUUAGAACUGGGUGUGUCGAAAUAUCACAUUCAAUCGCAUCCAGACCUCCAUUUAAUAUACCCCUCUGGUAUGUUCGACCCAGACAAGGCCCAAGGGUCGGUUUUCAACAGUCACGAGUCCAGGACCAAGUAUCGGAACAACAGAGGAUGACAGACACGCCAAAAAAAUAAAGACUCCUUGCCGUUUUCUUGGCUCUAGACAGCUCUCACGCUAGGCCUAGGGAAGGUCAAUUCUAUGUCCAACGCUGUAGGGGAUCUGUAUCAAACACUGGACGAUAUGAUAGCGAAUUGUCAUCCCGAUGACAUCAUAAAGUAGGUUUUCUUGUUUGGAUUUCAAGGGUCCCCUUCAAGCUGUCGUUCAAAUAUAUUGAUAUACUCUCGGUAUUUUUCUAUCGUAAACGCAAUAGACAACGCGACUAAGACUGACAAGUUGAUGCUAUCCCGCAGUAUAUGAAAGUCACGUCAUUCGAUCCUCCAGGCAUCCAAGCGGGCUAUCUACUUGAACCUAAAUUUGAAAUUAAGCUUGUGACAAUAUACUAUGGUGCUACGCAAUUUACGGCCUCUCACAUAUAUGUCAUAGUCUAAGUGGACUGUACUAAUUAUUCCAUUCAGUAUGUAUGUACUCAAUUGAUAUG